AUGGACUCCUCCGAUGAAGACUCUUCCUCUCGCUCCGCGUCGCCAUCGCCAUCGCCACCGCCUCAAUCACCAGAGGCGAGCUAUCAAGGUCCGCCGAGCCUAGAGCGAUUGGUAAUCCACUUCGUCUCUUCAAAGAGAUCUCUCACCUCCACCGCUCACGUCUACCGCGCGAAUGAGCUGGUCACGACAUCGCGAGCACUCAUCGAAGAGCUCGCCGUCUUGAACGCCAAGAACGCAUUUGCACGGCGAGGUCUGGAGGAGCAAGUCGACACGCUAGCUGCUAUUCGAGAUGCCGUGUCCGAAGAUGGCGAUCUCGUCGCCAAUGAGUUCGACGCCACGGUAGCUGAUCUCGACAAGGCUCAUAACCGGCUGGACAAAACGCUUCAAGUCUUGAGAAAGACUAUUGUAGAUGCUCAACAUGUCUCCCACAACGUGGACGAAGGAAGUGAAGCAAGCGACGAAGAAGAAAAAAAGACUCUCUACGACUUCAUCGACGAAUCCAACCACGAAGAAAUCCUCAGCUCCAUCCGCGGUCUAAUCGACACCUACCACAUCGCCCGAGGCGACCUCUCCACCCCUCUCUCCGCCUUCGACCGCUCCCUCAAAACCAUCCGCACCACCCUGUCCACCCCCCUCUCCCUCUCGGAAGAAGACAUCCCCCCGGACAAACCCACCAUCUACGACCAACAAUCCGAGCCACCAAACUCCAGCCUCCCCUCCCUCUUCCACAGCAUGAACUCCCACGCCACAGCCCUGGCCUCCCUCCUCGAAAACCUCAUCAAACACUACGACCUCUGCGUCACCGCUCUCAAGCACACCGAAGGUGGAGGAGAAGCCGCCAAAAACGCCAUGCUCGCCCAGGACUUGAGUAAACUCGCCGCGCCCGGGUCCGAGGAGAGUCUAUACCGAACCACACAUCCCGAACCCAUCUCCUCCGAGCAUCGACUGGAAAUGCUACAUGUUCUGGAGAAUGACGCGGUGGAAGUCGAAGAUGUGGUGGUGGAGAUGAAGUACCACGCGGCGGAGAUGGAGAGCGCGUAUUCCUCCCUCUCCACCUCCGUGCGACAAGCGCGAGCAGAGCACAAGUCUCUACAACACGUUCUCGCCAUGCUACACAGUGUCCGAGCAGCAGUACCAAGCUACCUCACCUCCGCGACCCGUUUCCGCUCCGACUGGACCGACAUCUCCGGCGGCAUGCACAGCAAAACCAAAGACCUGGUCGAACUCUGCGGGUUUUACGACCACUUCCUCAGCGGGUAUGGCAAACUCCUCCGAGAAGUGGAAAGGCGACGGACGAGCGAGGCGCAAAUGAGGAGGGUGGUGGAGAGGGCGAGGAGGGAGAUUGAAAGGGUGGCGGAGGUGGAUGAUGCGGCGAGGGAGGCGUUCAUGGAGGAUGUGGGGAGUUUUCUGCCGAGGGAUUUGGGAACUUGGUUUGGGCUUGAGGAGGCGGCGGAGAGGUGGGAGGUUAGAGCUGUGUUUGGAUUGGGGGAGGGUGAGGGGACGAGGUUGAUGGAUGGGUGA